UAAAACUUUUAUUAAAAAUGCGACAGAAAGUACAACAAACCAAAACUUGACAAUUAUUUUUCUUUCUUCGAGGGACAAAACAACAGUUCAGACAAUUUACAAAUGUAUUUUAGUUUACUUUGAUGUUUAUGUUUGAUUACUUUGAACAAUAUACCGUGACAGAUCACUAUGGCGUGCCGAAGAUCCCCACUAGCUACAUGUAACAUUCACACGUCUAUGAAAGCCCGAUACUUAUUCCAACAGGCUGACAUGUGUACGGUUGUUCUUACUUCAGGACAAGCUGGGACACAACCUCGCCACAAUGACGUAUUUGAUGAAUUAUUUCAUUCUUUGUGUCGGUAUUAAUAUUGUUAUAUCGAGUGAUAUUUGUAUACAAAACGAAAACUGCUUCCUGCCAAAUUGCUUUUGUAGUACGUUUCAUCACUUUUUGGAGCGGAAGGAUAUUCCACAAAUGGUGUACUUCGGUUUUGACGAUGCCGUGCAUGGUCAGGUGUCUCACCAUUACGACUACUUGUUCUUGAACAACCUAACAAAUCCAAACGGGUGUCCAGUUAGCAUCACUUUAUUUGUUUCGCACACGUACACCGACUACGAAAUCGUGAAAAAAUACUACGACGCUGGAUUUGAAAUUGCAGUUCAUAGUGUUUCUCAUCAGAAUGUAGACACGGGCAGCAAAGUUCGACAGGAAGCGAACGAUCAGAGAAACAAUAUUGUCAACAACAUGGGAAUUCCAGAAGAGGAAGUCGUUGGUUGGCGAAGUCCUUUUCUGGUUACGGCGGGGGAUCGACAGAUAUACGCUCUUGAGGACCUUGGCUUUGAGUACGAUAUUUCUCUUAUCUACAGAAGAUCGGGCAUGAGCGGUGAUGAUGCUUGGCCUUUCACACUGGACUAUGGAUGGCCCUUACCAUGUGACAAGGACUGCCCAACGGAAAGUCACAAAGGCUUCUGGCAGAUACCCAUUAACGCCAUGAUUGACUUCAAACACAAGUUUCCUUGUGCUUUCAUUGACCACUGUUACAACACUCCAUGGAAUGAAAAUGACACAUACAGCUACAUCAUGGACAAUUUCUAUAGUCGUUACAACGGAAAUAGAUCACCAUACGGAUUCCACAUUCAUGCAGUUUGGUUCAAUUAUGACUUCAACAGGAGAGCCAUGGAGAGGGCUAUAGCUGAUAUGAUGAAACAUGAUGAUGUUUAUAUUGUUAAUAUAAAGCAGAUGUUGGAAUGGAUGAAAUAUCCCACGAAAUUGUCAGAUAUUAAACUAUUCGAACCUUGGGCAUGCCGGCCUAUACUAGCAACAGUUAAGACUGUGGUGAUUGUAUUUAUAAACAUUUUUGUUGUAGCAUUUGUAGCGUUUAUUACAAUAUAUGUUUACCGUAAUAGAAGUAAACUAUUAUCUAUCAUGACCACCACUGUAGAUUAUUAUUCUCUUUAUUUCCUCCAAAAUGAAGAUUUCAUAAACAGAAUACAUACAUAAGUGUAUAUACAAAUACAUUUGAAUGACAUGCAUGUAGGAAUAAUUAAAUGUGCAUAGUUUUUUUACAAGUGGAAUUAAUAAUGGACUUGCGCAUAAUUGUCGAUUAGUGGUACUAUGUACAUAAUCUACGAUAAUAUGUCUCUAUAAACAGACAUUACAUUUAAGGUGCAUUCGCAUGUCACUUUCUAGACAUAUAUAUUUCACAUACUCAUAUAUUAAAUUACUAUGAUUAAUAGAUUACACUUUAAAUCAUACGUGCAAACCGUAAAUAAUGAUGUAUAUUCAUUCAAAAACAGAGGAAAAAAAAUUACUUUAAAUGUAGUGACGUCAGUCACGCUACCGGUAAUACGUUUUUGACAUUUUUUUCUACAGCAACUACUGUUAUUCUUCUGAAUUCAUCAACAUCUACUUUACUCAAUUCGAAAUUAAUUGGUCCACCAAUUAGGAUAUGUACAAGUUCUUUAUCCGAGAGGGAAUGUAGAUAGACACUCAACAAUAAACCCGUGUCACUAAUACAUGCGAUGGAACACCAUAGUUGAUUUCUCAGAUUAUCGAUGUAACUACAGUCUAUUAUGAUAUGGGUUAAAACAUCUCUAUACAUAUUGCCGCAUUUGUGACAUAGCGCUGACAAUUCAUUUGUAAAGUUGGAAACGACAAUUUUCAUAACAUAAUGUAUGGAGUUUCUGCAGCAAGGAUAUUUCAUUGCAAGUUUCCAUAACACAUGCGGCUCUAAUUUAUUAUGAAUAAGCCUAAAUCUACUGAAUUCAUUAUCGCUCAUCAUUCUCUCUUUCCACUCUUUUUCUUCUUUUGACAACACUGACGCUUUCACGAGUUUCUUCCAUUGCGGUUUUGAGGGAAAUGUACUUGUUUGAAUAAAUAAUUUGAUUACAUAAUUCAAUUUAUAUUUAUUAAUUACUCUCAUAAUAUCAUCCACAAUUCCACCUUUGCUUUCGUUUCCACUUAACAUAGAUUUUUAAAGCCUUCUUAAAAAUAUACAAUAUGUCAAAGUACUCUUCUCUAAAUGGCAUAAUCUUCCAAAAAACAAGAUGUCUACAUAACCUUCUAUGG